UCUUCCACACAACUUGUGAACGUGCACGACGAUGAUGACGCUGAUACUGUGCGCGCUCACGUUCCUCGUCUCUGCCGACGCCUUGAUCUCCAAGCGCGCGGCCGUCGGCUGCCCAGGCACGUGCGACAGGUCCAGGUGCGCGGCCCCUCCCGCCGAGUGCCCAGCGGGGGUCGCGCUUGACGCGUGCGACUGUUGCCCCGCGUGCGCGGUCGGCGAGGGCGAGCCGUGCGUCGGCCAGCGGGAGUGCGCGGAGGGGCUGACGUGCGCGCUGAGCGACGGCGUGGAGGUGACGACCACCGUCCGGCGGAGGGGCACGGCUGGCGUGUGCGCCUGCGCCAACCGCGAACAGGUGUGCGGCAGCGACGGCGUCACCUACGCGGACAUCUGCCAGCUGAGGCGCGUGAGCAGGCGCGCCACCGACGCCCAGCGUCCGCCCAUCAUCUUCAUCCAGAGAGGCGCGUGCGGCGAAGGCCGUCAGCACGCCGACAGUCUUCGCUUCAAGUACAACUUCAUCGCUGACGUGGUGGAGAAGAUCGCUCCUGCUGUGGUUCACAUCGAAGUUUACCGCAAGUACGAAGGCCGGAUGAUCUACUCCAGGAGGGAAGUGGCCAUGGCCAGCGGCUCCGGCUUCUUGGUGUCGGAGGAGGGGCUUAUCGUCACCAACGCCCACGUGGUGGCCAAUAAGCAUCGAGUCAAAGUGGAGCUUAAGAGCGGCGCCACAUUUGAUGCCAAGAUCCAAGAUGUGGAUGAGAAGGCCGACAUCGCUCUGAUCAAGAUCACCUCUGCUGUCAAACUGCCGGUUCUUCAGCUCGGCCGCUCGGCGGACCUCCGGCCUGGUGAGUUUGUGGUGGCCAUCGGGAGUCCGUUCUCUCUCCAGAACACCGUGACCACCGGCAUCGUCAGCACCACCCAGCGGGGGGGCAAAGAACUGGGCUUCCAAAACUCGGACAUGGACUACAUCCAGACGGACGCCAUCAUCAAUUACGGCAACUCAGGAGGUCCCCUGGUCAACUUGGACGGUGAAGUCAUCGGCAUCAACACCCUGAAGGUGACGGCAGGAAUCUCCUUCGCCAUCCCCUCAGACAAGAUCCGACAGUUCCUGGCCGAGUCGCACAACCGACAGGUCAACGGAAGAGGCGUCAGCAAGAAGAAGUACAUCGGUAUCAGGAUGAUGAGCCUCACACCCGCGAUAGCUAAGGAGUUGAAGGAGAGACAGUCAGACUUCCCAGACGUCACGUCAGGUGCUUACAUCAUUGAAGUCCUCAGCCGUAGUCCCGCCAAAGCCGCCGGUCUGCAGGACAGCGAUGUCAUCAUCAGCAUCAAUGGCGAGCGCGUGACAUCGGCCAGCGACGUCAGCGCCGCCAUCAAGCGCGACGCCCCGCUGCGCGUGGUGGUGAGGCGGGGCAACGAGGACGUGGUGGUGUCUGUGCUGCCUGAGGAGGUGGAGCCUUGA